AUAUAUUGGAGGCGCGCGCCUGAGAGAGGCAUUCCCAGAGUUUUGGACAUGCCGACGCGUGAUGCGCACGCGACACGCCACGAUUCUAAUGCAUUUAACAGCUUUGAUGAAAAUCAUCAGUUUAGGACGAGACGUGCAGAUCUGAAGCUGAAGAUAGCACCAGGAAUAUUAAUCUUCUUAUUUGAUUGUUCAUGCAUCCCUCCUCCAGUCCUGUGAUGUUGUGGAUGGAUAGAUCCGCUGUGUGAGUGUGCAAAACUCAUGCACUGGAAUUGCAUUGGAUAAAAGUCGCGGAGACUGUAUCUGCGUGCGUAAAACGCAUUUGAGUGGCAUUGAUGGACACUUUGCGCAUCAUGACUUUUUUACUGGCUGUGUACAUGCUGCUGGUGUCGUUCGCUCAGUGUCAGCACUAUUAUCUCCUCCGACCAAUCCCCAGUGACACUUUACCCCUACUGGAGCUCAAAGAGGAUCCCGACCCGAUAUAUGACCCUCGAGAGAGGGAUCUUAAUGAAACCGAGCUGAGGGGCGUUCUCGGGGACUUUGACAGCCGCUUCCUCUCCAUCACCAUCCCUCAGGAGCGGUACACGGGCAACGACGAGCUGGACGAGCAGGAUCUCCUGCAGAACCCGACCGGACUGAUGCCAAAAGACAUCCGGGCUCUGGACUUUGAAGUGCAGUGGGGCAAAAAGCGUAAAGCCAGCAAGAAACUGAAGCGCCGGCUGCAGAUGUGGCUGUGGUCGUACUCAUUCUGUCCCGUGCUUUACGCGUGGAAUGACCUUGGCUCGCGUUUCUGGCCCCGGUACGUCCGGGCGGGCAGCUGCUACAGCAAGAGGUCGUGUUCGGUGCCGGAGGGCAUGGUGUGCAAACCGGCCAAAUCCACGCACAUCACGCUCCUGCGCUGGAGAUGCGUGCAGAGGAGAGGCGCGCUCAAAUGCGCCUGGAUACCCGUGCAGUACCCCAUCAUCACAGAGUGCAAAUGCUCCUGCGCCAACUGAUCAAGAAUAUUAAUAAACAUAACUUAUUAAAAACUCUCAUCUGAUACAUAUAACUGGACUUAAACUUUAACAUAUCAGAUACGUGUUUGUCAGAUGUACAGGGCUGAUGUAUAUUAUUGGACUUAAGUAAUCUGACACAUAUUUCUGGACUUAAGCUCCAAAGUCUGCGAUCUGAUUGAAAUUACUUGACUUGAAGUUAUAGAAAAACUCUUAUCAGAUAGGUAUUUUGGACAAAAGUUAUAAAUACACUUGUCUGAGGCAUAUUACUGGACUUAAGUUAUUAAAACUUUAAGCUGAUACAUAUUUCUGGACUUUAAGUUAUUUAAGAAAAAAAAAAAAAAUCUUAUUUGUUGUUUUUGGACAAAAGUUGUUAAAACUCUGAUCUGAUGCAUUUUAUGUUUGGGUUUAAAUUCCAAAAUUUACAAUAUAUAUAUAUAUAUAUAUAUAUAUUACUGGACUUAAGAAAUAACAUUUUGAUCAGAUAAGUGUUUUUGGACCAAUUUUUAUUUAAGAAAAUGCUUGUAUGAUGCAUAUUGCUGGGCUUAAGUUAUAAAAACCUUUUAAAAAUAAAAAGUUUACUAGAUGAAAGUUAUAAAAAAA